UUGAGCCUCUGAUUUAAUUUGUUCAGCCUUAGCCCUAUUAAUCAAUGAAGCAUUUAUAUCUUGUGAAAAUAAAAGGAAUAAAAUAAAAAAGCUAUCCCCUUCACUAUAUCGCAAAUCCGACCAGAGAGUAUCCGUUGCCUUCUCUCCCUUGCACAAUCGCGAUGACGGACCGAAGACCAGUCUUAAAACGACAUCGCUUUACUAUCCCCUCUUUCCUUCCUUUAUCUAGCGCUCUUUCGCGGUUUCACUGAACCUGCUUCUCCACUUUCUCACCGUCACCGUCUGCUACCGAAAUGGAGCCAGACGUAAGCAUCGAGACAUCCUGCAUGAUCCGCGUCGCAGUCCUCCCUAUCGGUCCUGUCCCGCCCAACAUCCUGCGCGACUAUUACUCCAUGUUCCUGCGUUACCACACGAUUUCUCUCUCCUCCAUCAGUUCCUUCUACACUGAGCACCAGAAAUCCCCCUUUGCCAAUCAGCCAUGGGACAACGGCUCUCUUCGAUUCAAGUUCAUACUCGGAGGCUCCCCUCCCAGUCCAUGGGAGGAUUUCCAGUCAAAUCGCAAGAUCCUCGCCAUUAUCGGCGUCUGCCACUGCCCCUCCUCGCCUGAUCUUGACUCUGUCGUCGAUCAAUUUACCGCUGCGUGUAAAAGUUAUGCCUCUGCGCUUGUGACGCGGUGUUUCUUUUGCCCCUGCGAUUCUCAGCUGGAGGAUGGUGCAAAAAAGGGAGAGAAACUAAAAUUGUUUCCUCCGGCAGACCGCCAAACGCUGGAUAUCCACUUGCAAACUAUGAUGCAAGAAAUUGCCGCUUCAUUGUUAAUGGACUUCGAGAAGUGGGUUCUACAGGCUGAAUCUGCUGGAACUAUUCUCAAGACGCCUUUAGAUUCUCAAGCCAGUCUAUGCUCAGAGGAGGUGAUCAAAGCCAAAAAGAGAAGACUGGCUCGUGCGCAGAAGACAAUGGGGGAUUACUGUUUGAUGGCGGGGUCACCUGUUGAUGCGAAUGCCCACUAUUCCACUGCCUUAGAAUUAGCUAGAUUGACUGCGGAUUUCUUCUGGUAUGCUGGGGCUUUGGAGGGUAGCGUUUGUGCAUUGCUGAUAGAUCAAAUGGGCCAAAAGGAUGCAGUUUUUGAGGAUGAGGUCAGGUGUCGCUACAGUAGUGUGAUAUCACAUUACAAAAAGUCGUUUACACCAGACAAUGCGCAAAGAGUUUCACCUUUAAGCUUUGGACUUGAAGCUACUCUGAAAUUGGCAAGAUUCCUUUGUAGAAGAGGAAUCACUAAGGAUGUGGUGGAGUUGCUAACCUGUGCUGCGAAUGGUGCGAAAUCCUUGAUUGAUGCCAGCGAUAGACUCAUAUUGUAUGUUGACAUAGCUCGCUUAUUUGGGUCUCUCGGUUAUCAGAGGAAAGCUGCCUUUUUCUCAAGGCAAGUGGCACAGUUGUAUAUACAACAAGAAAAUAGCUUGGCAGCUAUCAGUGCUAUGCAAGUUUUGGCAAUGACUACAAAAGCCUAUCAUGUUCAGAGUAGAGCGUCCUUCAAUCAUCCUCGUUCAAGUGAGGAGAUUGGAUCAAGCUGUGCUGAUAAUUGGAAAAUGCAUCACCCAUCAGUAGUCUCUUUAUUCGAAUCUCAGUGGAGCACUCUGCAGAUGGUUGUACUGAGGGAGAUACUUCUGUCUGCCAUUCGUGCAGGAGAUCCCCUUGCUGCAUGGAGUGCUGCUGCACGGUUACUAAGAUCAUAUUACCCUCUAAUCACGCCAGCUGGACAGUAUGGCCUUGCUAGUGCACUUAAUAAUUCAGCUCAGAGGUUGCCUUCCGGAGCUCGCUGUGCUGACCCCGCCUUGCCUUUUGUAAGGUUAUAUUCCUUUCCAUUCCAUCCCUGUCAAAUGGACAUUAUAAAACGCAAUCCAGGAAGAGAAGACUGGUGGGCCGCAUCUGCACCUUCAGGGCCUUUUAUUUACACCCCAUUCAGCAAAGGGGAGCCAAAUGACAGCAGCAAGCUGGAGCUGACAUGGAUUGUUGGAGAACCAGUCCAUGUCUUGGUGGAGUUGGCAAACCCCUGUGGCUUUGAUUUAAGGGUUGAUAGUGUAUGCCUAUCUGUUCAUUCAGGAAAUUUUGAUGCUUUUCCUGUUGCUGUAGAUCUUCCACCUAAUUCAUCAAAGGUGAUCAUCUUAUCUGGAAUCCCCACGUCUGUGGGGUCGGUGACAAUUCCAGGAUGUAUUGUUCACUGUUUUGGUGUUAUAACUGAACACCUUUUCAGGGAUGUUGAUAAUCUGCUUCUUGGUGCAGCACAAGGACUUGUGCUUUCUGACCCUUUCAGAUGUUGUGGAUCUCCAAAGUUGAGAAAUGUGUUGGUUCCAAAUAUUUCUGUUGUACCUCCACUGCCAUUAUUAGUUUCUCAUGUUAUAGGUGGUGAUGGUUCAAUAGUUUUAUAUGAAGGUGAAAUACGUGAUGUCUGGAUUAGUCUGGCUAAUGCUGGCAUGGCUCCAGUUGAAGAAGCACAUAUCUCACUCUCUGGUAAAAACCAGGAUUCUGUUGUUUCAAUAGCAUAUGAAACCUUAAAAUCUGCACUUCCUUUGAAGCCUGGUACAGAAGUGAUCCUACCUGUGACAUUGAAAGCCUGGCAGCUUGGACCGAUAGACCCUGAUAUUACUGGGAGUAAACUUGCCUCUGGAAGUAUCAGGAGGAAGGACGGUAGCAGCCCCACAUUGUUGAUUCAUUAUGCUGGGCCAUCGAUCGACUCUGGAGAUCCUCCAAAAAAAGAAUCUGUUUUUCCUCCUGGUAGACGCCUGGUAGUUCCCUUGCACAUUUGUGUUCUGCAAGGUUUGUCUUUUGUAAAAGCUUGCUUACUUUCAAUGGAAAUUCCUGCACAUGUUGGCCUAAAUCUUCCAAAACCAGUUUGUGUUGGGAAUAAUGGUAGUAAAGAAGCUAUUGGUUCAAAAAGCAAGAUGGAUGGAUUGGUAAAAAUUGAUCCAUUCAGAGGAAGUUGGGGGCUACGUUUUCUUGAAUUAGAAUUGGCUAAUCCAACUGAUGUUGUGUUUGAAAUUUGCGUUUCUGUUCAGCUUGCCAACUGUGAGGAUAAGUUGGAUAACCUUUCUGCUAUUGAAGAUGCUGCUGAAUCCAGUUAUCCAAAAACAAGAAUUGAUAGGGAUUACUCUGCAAGGGUAUUAAUACCACUGGAGCAUUUCAAGUUACCCAUUCUUGAAGGUUCCUUUUCCAUUAAGGAUCUUCAGCCUGAUGGUGCUUGCAGAAGUUCAAGCUUCUCAGAAAAGAAUGCUAAGGAUGAAUUAAAUGCUUCAAUUAAGAAUCUCAUUUCCAGGAUAAAGUUGAGGUGGUAUUCAGGACAGAACAGCUUUGGAGAACUGAAUGUGAAGGAUGCCAUACAUGCAGCGCUUCAGACAUCUGUUUUGGAUGUAUUGUUGCCGGACCCAUUGACAUUUGGCUUCAGGCUUAUUAGAAAUAAUGUCCCAGAAGAAUCUGCCAUGCACCAUGACUCCAGGUCUGAAGAUUCUGUAAAUGUUCAUGACAUGACACCGAUGGAGGUCAUAGUUCGCAACAACACUAGGGAAAUCAUUAGGAUGAGUCUUAGCGUUACGUGCAGGGAUGUGGCUGGAGAGAAUUGCAUCGAGGGUACGAAGGCCACUCUCCUAUGGGCUGGUGUUCUGAAUGGGAUUGCCAUGGAGGUUCCCCCACUUAAAGAAUCUAAGCAUUCUUUCUCGUUGCAUUUUCUCAUCCCUGGGGAGUACACUCUAGUAGCUGCUGCUGUGAUUGAAGAGGUGAAUGAUAUCCUCAGAACCCGUGCAAAAACUGAUUCAGUUGAUGAGCCGAUAUUCUGUCGAGGUCCCCCAUUCCAUGUACGUGUUAUUGGAACUGGUUGACUGUUGUACCCAGAAUGGUCAAAUCCUCUUACUGUAGAUUAUAUCAGUUCCGAAGAGUGCUCCACGAAAUUGGCAGAUGUUUUCAUAGCCUUUCAGCAUCGUUAUUGAUCCACAUUGAAUGCAUUCCAGAAGCGAUUCCCUUCUGGUUGAUCUGCAGAUGGAUUUAAUUUAUGUAUAUUUAGGAUUUUGAUGCGCUUGUAAAUUUGUUUUCUGCCACAUACCAUUUCAGCUUUUCCAGUGGGGGAAUCAAUUGAUUCCAGACCUCGAAGGAGUAGAAAACUGGAGGGAGAUUUUAUUGAUAUUAUUGUAAUUUUGUAUGAUCAUUGACAUGGGCGAGUACAUGUGGGUAUGGUUGCGUGAUCAAUUUAUUAUUCAGAAAAACAGCAUUUGGGAGAAGAAUUUAUCUUGUAAUUCUAUGGUUGCGUCAAAAUUAAAAUGUUACAUCAUCAUUUUAGGCCA